AACUUGGAACAAACUCCAGCAUUUCUUCUAUUCUGAUCAAACUACUGUAUUGGUUUUGCUUCUUUUCGUCACAUAUACGUACACCAGUUAGGUUCUGAGAAUGGAUGGAAAAGAUGAUCUCAAGGACCCGGAAUAUGGCCAGGAGGUGAAGGAUGAGAAGUCUUACUCUUACAUUAAUGGGAAGCUCAAGUACUGGAAAUAUGCCGGAGGAAUGAAGGCUGAACUCUUGAAGGAUUUGAUGAACGGGACUAAUAUCAAAGCCGAGAAGUACUUGAAAGGGUUGGUGAUAGCUAGGACCCGACUCGCCCGGUUGAAAUUGUGGGCGGUUCGACUGACGAAAGUGCUGCUACUCUUGGCUAUUGCAUUGCAGGUCAAGGGUUUGGGAGAUACCUUGUUGCCAAAGAUAUCCAAAAGCUCUCUUCCCCCUGAAAGGAUUUACGAAAACAAUGGAUAUUUGAUGGUUUCAUCCAAUGGAGGACUAAAUCAGAUGCGAUCUGGCAUAUGUGACAUGGUAGCAAUUGCAAGAUAUUUAAAUGUCACCCUUAUAGUUCCUGAGUUGGAUAACACCUCCUUCUGGAAUGACCGCAGUCAAUUUGAAGACAUAUUCGAUGUGGAUUAUUUCAUUACCUCAUUGAGAGAUGAGGUCAAAAUUUUAAAAGAACUACCUCCUAAGCAGAAGAAGAAAGUGGAAUUAGAAUCCCUUUAUUCCAUGCCCCCAAUUAGUUGGUCCAAUAUGACUUAUUACUAUAACACGAUUCUUCCUCGCAUACAAACAUACGAAGUUGUGCACUUCACGAAAACAGAUGCUAGGCUUGCCAACAAUGGCAUCCCUGAAGAGGUUCAGAAGCUUCGCUGCCGUGCUAAUUACCAAGCUCUGAAAUUCGCUCCUCCGAUUGAGGCAUUAGGCAAGAAAAUUGUUAACAUCCUCCGUGAAAGAGGCCCUUUCAUGGUCCUUCAUCUUCGGUACGAAAUGGACAUGGUGGCUUUUUCUGGUUGCACUGAGGGUUGCAAUCGAGAAGAGAUUGAAGAGACAACGAAAAUGAGAUAUGCUUAUCCAUGGUGGAAAGAAAAGGAGAUUGAUUCAGAGAAGAAAAGGAAGGAUGGACUUUGCCCUUUAACACCUGAAGAAACUGCUCUAGCAUUAAGAGCACUAGGCAUUGAUCGUGAUAUUCAAGUCUAUAUUGCUGCUGGAGAUAUAUACAAGGCAGAAAGGAGAAUGGCACCUCUCAAAGAAGCUUUUCCAAAUUUGGUGAGAAAGGAGACGUUGGUUGAUGCAUCAGAUCUUCUCCCUCUCCAAAACCACUCGAACCAAAUGGCGGCUCUGGACUACUACGUCUCGAUAGAAAGUGACAUCUUUGUCCCAACAUAUGGAGGAAACAUGGCAAAAGUAGUUGAAGGCCAUAGAAGAUACUUGGGAUUCAAGAAAACCAUUCUUCUAGACAGAAAGGCUCUGGUGGAUCUGAUAGACCAGUACAACAAUGGAACCCUGAGCUGGAGCGAGUUCGCACUCGGAGUGAAUACUGUUCAUGCAGAGCGUAUGGGACAACCAACUAGAAGAGUGGAGGUUCCCGGAAAACCUAAACUAGAGGACUACUUCUAUACAAACCCAACUGAGUGUUUGUCACUGCCAGCUGAAGAUGAUGAUCAACUAUUACAGUAGUACACAGUCCGUCACAUGGUUUUUUUUUUUUUUUUUGAAGGGGUCACAUGGUUUUUAUUUCUCUGUAAUUUUGUGCUUCUUCUGACAAAUCAGAGAGAAGUUUACAAACCACUUUCUUGUAAUAUUUAUAAAUGAAAGGUAAUGUAUGUAUGUCCACAACAAGUUCCAUUGUGUUCUGCAAAUAGUUACUGCAGGCAAUAAUUCAAUGAAACAAAAUGGUGCAUGAACAGA